CGUUGCGAUUGUUGUGGAUUACGCAACGCCGCGUGGGGAGGAGUAUUCAGUUCCUGCAGCUCUUCACACCACGCUGGACCCACGGCAGCCAAUAUUGUGCAUCGCUCCUUCAUUAAAAUACCUCUGUUCUGAAAGGGAUCAUCAUGUCUAAAGGCACGGUGGUUCUGGCCUACAGCGGCGGACUGGACACAUCCUGUAUCCUGGUGUGGCUCAAGGAGCAGGGCUACGAUGUCAUCACAUUCUUGGCCAACAUCGGACAAGAUGAAGACUUUGAAGCUGCACAGAAGAAGGCAGAAAGCCUUGGUGCAAAGAAGGUUUUCAUUGAAGACCUCCGUACAGAGUUUGUGGAGGAGUUCAUCUGGCCUGCAGUUCAGGCCAAUGCAGUCUAUGAAGACCGGUACCUGCUGGGAACUUCUAUAGCAAGGCCCUGCAUUGCUCGUCGUCAAGUUGAGAUUGCACAGAGGGAGGGUGCCCAGUUUGUCUCCCAUGGUGCCACUGGAAAGGGAAAUGACCAGAUACGAUUUGAGCUGACAUGUUAUGCUCUGUACCCUGAGGUCAAGAUCAUUGCACCAUGGCGGAUCCCUGAGUUUUACACUCGCUUCAAGGGAAGAAAAGACCUAAUGGAAUAUGCACAGAAACAUGGUAUUCCAGUGCCUGUAACUCCACGAGCACCCUGGAGCAUGGAUGCCAAUCUCAUGCACAUAAGCUAUGAGUCUGGCAUUCUGGAAAAUCCCAAGAGUCAUGCUCCAGCUGACCUUUACCUGAUGACCAAAAACCCAGAAGAUUCUUCAAAUGUCCCAGAUGUGCUCGAGAUCGAGUUCAGAAAUGGAGUACCUGUCAAGGUGACCAAUGAGAAGGAAGGCAAAACCAAAGACAAGCCACUGGAAAUAUUUUCAUAUCUCAACGAUAUAGGAGGAAAGCACGGAGUUGGACGAAUUGAUAUUGUAGAGAACCGCUUCAUUGGCAUGAAGUCACGAGGGAUCUAUGAAACUCCUGGAGGAACAAUCCUGCUGAAGGCCCAUUUGGACAUUGAGGCAUUCACCAUGGACAAAGAAGUGCGAAGAAUUAAACAGGGACUUGGUAUCAAAUUCUCUGAGUUUGUCUACAAUGGUUUCUGGUACAGUCCAGAGUGUGAUUUUGUGAGGGACUGCAUAGCCAAGUCCCAGGAGAAUGUGGAGGGCAAAGUCCAGCUAUCUGUCUUCAAGGGUCAUGUCUACAUCCUGGGACGAGAGUCUCCCAAAUCUCUGUACAACGAGGAGCUGGUCAGCAUGGACGUGCAGGGAGACUAUGACCCAUGUGAUGCCUCUGGAUUCAUCAGGAUAAACGCCGUUAGGUUGAGGGAGCAUCACCGUCUGCAGGGUGUCGCCGGCAAAAAGCAGUGAUUGCUGCAGAAUUGUUUUCUUCACUCUUCUCUCCAAUAUGUCUUAACCACUGAUAGGCUUAAACUUUGUACCUGUAUUGUUUACCUUUUGCCUUAUUGUCUAGUCUAGUGUCAUUUGUAUUAGCAUCAGGGUAUAAACACAGCAAGCACAACAGCCUCACAGUUUUGAACCUUUUAACAGGUGGAGAGAAGAAGAAAUACAUAGAAGAUGGGUAGCAUCAUGACAGCAGUGUUGUUUGAAUCAAGUUACUAGAUCAUUUAAAAAGUGAUUUCUGAAGUUUUACUGUCAAAGUAGGAAUAAAUAGGUCAAUAGAAGAAAGAAGCUAUGAAAAUAAAAGGAGUGAAAUGCU